CGCAUGCGUAUUUAAUUAUCACUCGUUAAAUUCUAACACACUGUUGUCGUCUGAGUGAGAUUCGGUAAAGCAAAACAAACCGUGCGUUCACAAAUAUCAGGAACAGGCGGUUUUAAACAAAGCCAUGGGGAAGUCCAUUUUCUCUUUGCCAAAAGGCAAAAGCGAGGGCAAGGAGAAACUGACCCCUGAUGAUCCUGGCUCUGAAUCAGUAGAGGAGGAUAAUAAUGAUAUUUCACAGUUCCCUUAUGUUGAGUUCACAGGCAGGGACAGUGUCACUUGUCCCUCUUGCCAAGGAACAGGAAGAAUACCAAGAGAACAAGAAAAUCAGCUUGUUGCCCUGAUACCAUACAGUGACCAAAGACUGAGGCCGAGACGAACUAAACUGUAUGUGAGCUUGUCAGUGGUGGUCUGCCUCCUGCUUUCUGGCUUGGCUGUGUUUUUCCUCUUUCCCCGCACCAUCGAAGUCGCCUACAACGGUGUGAAAUCUACAUCAGUCAGAUUUGAUAAAGAUCAACGAAUCGUCUAUCUCAAUAUUACAAACACUCUGAACAUUACUAAUAAUAACUUCUAUCCGGUACAAGUGGCAAACAUCACAGCACAGGUGCAGUUCUAUAAAACAGUGAUUGGAAAGUCACUUGUGAGCAAUCUGACAAGGGUAAUGCCCCUCGAUAUGCAGCAGGUCGAUUUCCCUGUUUCGACAGUCAUAGCCAAUGAGAUGAGCUACAUCUAUGAUUUUUGUACCAUGCAGGCUAUAAAAGUGCAUAACAUUGUGGUCAUCAUUCAGAUGACCGUCACCACCGUGUACUUUGGCCACGCUGAGCAGGUCUCUCAGGAGAGUUACCUUUAUGUGGACUGUGGCUCAAACACCACAAGUCUCAAUGGACGACAGUGAUACAGUGACAUGUUGUGAAACUCAGCUGCAACAUGCACUACAUCCACACUGGAGGAUUUCAGAGAGUGUCCUUUAGUUCCUGUGCAUGAACAUGUCUGGACGAGGGCAAAGCUUCAGCCAGAAUGUUCUCAGACUCCUCUAAGCAUGACUUUUGUAGAUAGAUGUACUUUUAGAAAAAGUUGUUUUGACAUGACUGAAGUGAUUUGCUGGUCCUCUAUGGUUUCACCACUUCCAAUACCUAUGUUUUUCCAGGACGAGUUUGAGAUUUAAAAGGAAAACACCACACAGUAGAGUCACUCGCUGCAUAUUGACUGCAAUCACAUAAGCUCCAUUCUAUUGGUUUUAUAUGCACCACUAACCUUUUUUUCCGUUCACUGUUUAUUAUUUUUACAUACAGCAGUAAGUAUGGAAAGAAAAUUAUUUGCUGGAUAGAUAAUCAUAUCUAGACAGAGACCUUUUAUGAAAUCUAAGCUGCCUUUUUAUACAUUAUAUUUUACAAGUAUUUAUUUAAAGGAAAAAUGGGAAACUUAAAAAACAUCUGUUAUAUAGGGGUUAGUUGUGUUGCAGUGGGGUAUGUUUAAUAUGUCAGCCAGAUGUAAAAUGAUAUAAAUAAAUUUGAAUGAGGUGUUGUAAAUAUUAA